CUUUGCGCGCCACUUCGCAGAAUUUAGCCAGAUUUUCGAAUGAUCAUUCGCGUACAAGCCAUUGGUCGUUUGGGCAUUUCAUACGAACGACCAGACAUAGCGGACACAAGUGCGCAGGCAGACGUGUAUUUAUAAAAUAGAAUUUCAAGGUGCACGCACGCGAGUGUCAAUGGCAGACCUUUGACAAAGUCGGUGACGCGCGACAUUUUCACUCGUUCCUCGUGCGUAUACACACAUAUAUACACACGCUGUUGGUGUGUGCUGUGCGCUGGGCACAAUUGUUUUAAUGAUACUUCGCUUGAUUUAGUUACUGUAUAUGCUGCGGAAGUGUUGUGAAAAAAUUUGGCGAAACUAGUGAAUUCAGUAUGUGUUGUGUAUGCAUGAGUGCAGAAUUUCAAGUGACGUUUGACAAAUUUAUGUGAUUUUUGGGAAAACAAGUUAUAAAUCUGCAUAAAUGUGUUUGCAAGUCUUAAAAAUAGCAUUUAAUUGCAUAAUACGGAAAUAAAAUUCAUUAACAGCAACAACUAUACAAGCAGAUAAUUGCAUAAAUGUCGACGAUUCUUCGCGUGUGGCAUAGUAAUAAACGAGAAAGGGCGAAAAACCACUAAGUUGCAACAACAAAUCCCAUUAGUUUAGCACUGUAGUUGAGAUUUGACUAUUGACUACUCUUAUCCAACGCCCUCCACAUCCGUCCGCCUGUUUCAUAUUGAACAAAAUUUGAUUUAUGUAUAACUAUCUCUCUGUUGCUCAUACGACACGUCACACAUAAGCAAUUACAACCACAACAACAAUAGUGCGUUUACAAAAACACUAACCCACACAUAAAAACUUGGUAUAUCAAAAAAUACAAAAACAAAAAUAACAAAAACAAAAUAUACAAAUACAAAAUCAAAAUAGUAAAAGUCAACAACAAAAACCACUCAAAAUGAAUUUAAUGUUUCGCAAGCAUUUUCGCGAAGGUGGAGGUGGAAAGUCCGGUGGCGGCGGCAGUAAGCUGCAACCGAAGGCUAAUCGCACGAAACGCUCACGCGACAUGGGCGCCCAACAGGAGGAUAUCCAUUAUCGGACGCAUUUAUUCUUUGCACCCAGUCGCCCUGGCAUGGAUGUGGGGGAAGAACUCAUUGCAGAAAGGUGCACUGCCUUAUCGGGUGCGUGCACACCGUUAUCGACCACCACAACAUCACUUUCACUUCCACCUCAGCCAUAUGAAGUGGACACACCGCAGCCCCUAGUCGAUCGCAAGCCGUCCAUAUCUCUAUUAAGAUGGAAUAAUAGUGUUAGAAUACGGAAUGGUCAGGUUGCUACGGUACUAUCGAAUGCAGCAGCAACAACAACGGCGCGUUUUCAAGCUGACAGGCAAGUUGGUUACGACAAUGCGGCCGGCACAUCGGCUGCUGUGCGCUCGGAACCGAUUUCAUUAUCAGCGCUGGAUCGCGAUUGCUUUAUUAUACCGGUACACAGUGUCGAUCGUUUUCUGCCAGCUGGUAUACCGCUACCCGCCCCCUCUGCUGAUGGCAAAACUAACAGCCCACUUAGCAUACUAGAGGUGUCCGAUCCGAAAUUAUGCAUACUCGUACAUUUAAUGAGUCCUUUGGAGCCGAUUGAUCCAAUGCUGGAGUCACCGCUGUCACAUCCAUUGCUGAAACAACGCGCCGUUGCGGCCGAGCUCGUCUCCGAGGUGCAACAGGCAAAUACGGCGGUGGGUGGCAUGCUACUGGCCAACAUGGAGAAGAAUGCGGAUUUUCCAUUUAUAUCGUACUAUUUAAUCAAUACUACACAAACGGAUCCAUCGCACUUUUACUCGGGCAUACGCGUCUCAUCACUAUCGAAAUUCGAGCCGAAAUCACUAAAAUAUACUGCCGCUCAUACCUUGGACUUGUAUAGCGAAGUGGCUGCCAUUUGCCGUCCGCCAUUGGUAUUGGCACCCAAUGAAAGUGGUAGCUUCAAGAAGACACAGACGCCAGCAACAGGCUACAUAAUCAGCGUGUUUAAGGUUUUUGAAGGCGAUGACGGUGAACGUUUCGAGAAGAAUUGGCUGUACUGGACGGGAGCGCGUAUGCUAUAUCGUUAUUUGCCACGCGCCGCUGGUCUACGUCGUAUUGCUCUACAUAAGAGUACCUCGCAGCGUGGCGAUAAAAUGUAUUUGUUGGUGUGCGAAUGUGCUGACUUGCUCAAGGAUAUCUCUUCUGCUGCCUUCUUGAUACCCGCACUGCGAGCGCGCCUCUGCGGCUACACGGGACUUUACAAGCCAAUACAAGUGUUCUAAGGUUAUGAGAAAACAUAAAAAACAAACAACAACAUUUAUCAAUAAAACAAAGUAAAAUGUGAGUAGGAAAGCAAGAAAUGUAUAUAGACAUACAUACAUACACACGUGUGAUAGCUCUAAAUUAAGACAAAAGAAGAAUUAAAAUUGAAAAAAAAAAAAAAUAAUCCGUAUUGAAAAUUCAAAGAAAAUAAGAA